AUCACGUGUGUGCAGCUGCUCGCUUGGCAAACACAAGGCCCACAUUUUUGUGAUAGAGUCUGGCAGGCCUGUACAGGACCCAGCGUUCCCUCAGCGACUGAUAGAGCCAAGCUUUCGAUCCGCCAUCCCGUUGGGCUGUUAAAUAAAUGUGGAGAGCCAAGAUAAAUUUCAGUUUGGCACCAUGGCGGAGGUCACCAUACGAGCUUCUCACCGAACCUAGACAACUAGUUACCUCUACUAUAGCUGCCAGACUCCGAAUGAUGCUUUUCUUUGCUAUUGCUGUGAGCACUGGCAUAAUGCUCCAAUUCUUUCUCUUCGGCUUUCCAUCCUCUCGGACCUACGGGGAACCCUUCACAUUUAAGCCCGAGCCGCCCAUUUUCCAUGAGAGUUGUGGAGUUAGCGAUGUCAGCAAGGGUUAUGUUCGACCAGGUUUUGGUAAUGCUAUAUUCCCUUAUGAGGAUGCUUGGACAUUACUACGGAUCAAGACGAUGGUCUCUCGUACGAAAGGAUACCUCGCCCAUGAUUAUCCACUCCCCCUCGGUUGGAAUGAUAUCCGCUACAUAAUAGAGUCCGGAAUGCUGGCUGGGUUGGUACUCAAUAGAACCUUAAUAAUUCCUUCAUUUUUGUAUGCAAGGUCUUGUGUGUUUUCGCACGCAGUCUGUGAGCUCUAUGCAAUACAGCAUCAUGGUAGCGAAGAUUUCGGUUCCCCCUCUGGGGAGAAACAACAGGCUUGGACCAUUCCCAUCGAAUUGAUGGUCGAUCUUCCACGCCUGCGCGCUGCACACCCCGUCGUUACGGUUGCCGAAUAUCUCCACUUGCAUGGCCUCCCAAUCUCAAUUGAGAGACUCAAUGGGCGGUGGGACAAUGAGUCCUAUUUAGCCACGAAACCACACCCAGUGUCCUUCACAUCCCUCAAACAGAAUGAAUAUGAGCCCGACGGCGUGGUACGAGUGGAUUAUGGAAUAACGAAACCACGGGAUCCGUAUCACAACAAACCCAUUUCUAGUGCUCUCGAUGCUGGACUCGGGGAGGCAAAAACAAUAGACCUAGACAAAGUGAAGUUAACUCUUCAAGAGAAACAACUCGCUAAGUGGUCGUCUGAGGAAGAAUUGGAACGCCUGUUGCAUGCCAAUGGAUGGACAUUUCUCUAUACGUUCAGAGGAAUGACUGUGACUGAACCGCUUACUCAAGUAGCGAAGAUCUCACAGGUCCGCGGGCUAUAUAACGAACUCGCCUCUCGCUACGAAGAAGUGCUGCUUCUUGAAGGGGUAAUUCAACAGAACAUAAAGCCAGGUUUCUUGAUGUUUGGGUCGGAUAAAACUAGGAAAACCUUCGUGUGGCUCGUCACGCAAGGCGUGCAGCCGAUUGCACCCGUUCGCUUACUUGCGGAGCGGUUGGUCCACAAAUUAAGGUCCAUGAAUGAUGGGCGCCAAUUCAUGUCUGCGGACAUGAGGCGAGGUGACCCUGCCAUUUCCCCUCCUAUGGAUUACACAGAAGCCCGAAUCUCGCGAGUGAAGAACCGGCUAAGGAGAGGUCUCAAGCUCGUUCAGGAGUUGUCCCAUUUACCACCUCAGACUGCGAACAUGACCGACAUACCCUCAGAUGAGAACCUCAAAGGGGCCCCGCCAUUGGAGACGGAUAAGUUUUUUGUUCUGACGGAUGAGCGCUCCCCCGAGGUAUUGGAACAAAUGCGCAAAGAAGGUGCCGUAACGAUACAAGAUUUGAUUCGCGAGGAAGACCGAAGGUUACUUGGAUGGCCAAUGCUUUUCGAUGAUGCUGUAGCGCAGGUCGAGCAACUGAUUGCUUCGUACUCGGUGUUCUUUUAUGGGCAUCCUACGUCCAGCCUUGCAGGAGACGUCGUCAAUCUCCGAGCAGCUAGAGGGUUCGACUUACGGACAUCGGUUUUCGACUAGAUAUUUGGUUGCCCGCCACCUAUAAUAUUGGGUUUGCUGUUAUUACGAGAUAUGGGGAAUGGUAUUUAGUCUUAAUAUUGUACUUAAUGUUAUUGCUUUGCU